GCGGAUCUGGGCUGGUUCCAGCAAGGGAUGACUAUGAUCCAUACAAUCGCACAGCUCGCUCCCCCCUGGCACUUUUCCGCAAUGCCGUAGCCGCCACGACGAAUCCACAAUCCCAGAGUUAUCGCGUCCAAUCGUUAUCGUCGCAACCACCUCGAUCCUGAUUGGCGACUUAUAGCAGCUAAGCCAAGAUCGUCGGCCUUGCAUGUGUUUCUAGAUUCUAAGACGUCGGAAACGUUUAGGGCCAUGGCUCCUCUCUGGUGGAGCCGCAGCACUCGACGCGUCGCGGCUGCUACUAUAGCGGCAGCAGGAGCCGCCGCGUCCCUUGCAGCAGCCACCUCUUUCAACGCCGUUCCCCCCAUUAUUUCCGAUAAUUCCGCAUCCCCUUCCCCCAAUUCGACCGCGUAUCGCGCAUCUCCGCUGUUGCCGGAGCGAGCCGCUCGGAGAAUGAGCCACGUGGCAUCAUGUGAGGGGAGCGCAGCGGACGCCGGAUCCAUCCCCGCGGUAUCGGGGGAGAGCGCGAAUGAGGCAACGAGAGCUGGGGGCGGAGAGGGUGGCGGGGAGGGGGAGAACGCGCCGGGCGUAGGCGGAGCGGGGCACCAGGCGGGAUCCGCGGCGAUCUUCCCGUUAAAGCUGCUGCAGGUGCAUGUGAUGUUCCGCCACGGGGACAGGGCGCCCAUGCCACGUGGCACGCCGUCAGAGGAGGAGGUGGCGCGUUGGGAGGCGAGGCUGCAGCCGCGACCCCCGCCGCACAUCCUGCCGCACAGGCAGCACACACGGGGGAUAGAGUGGCCGUUCGGGCAACUCACCAGGAAAGGAGCGCGAGAGGCAGAGUCGCUGGGCUGUGCGCUGAGGCAGAGAUACGCGGCCCUUCUGGGACUGGAGGGUGCAGGGCUCACUGGGGGCACUGCAGGCGCUGCUGCUGAUGCUGCUGGUGAUGCUGCUGGUGCUGAGACACAGGCUGCAGCAGAAGCGAGUGAAGCUGUUCAUGAUUCCAACAAGGACAGCAGCAACAGCGGCAGUAGUACCACCACUGGCAGCAGCAGCAACAGCACUGGUGCCUCACCAGCAGCAGCAUCGUCAUUGAUUAAGAUCCGCUCGACCAAUUUUCCUCGGACAUACAUGACAGGCUUCUACGUGUUGCAGGGCUUAUUGGGGUCGCAGGAGCGAGCAGCGCAGGUGCCCAUCGGCAUAUGGGGGGAGGAGGACGAGAACCUCUAUGAGAACGACCGAUGCGCCAGGGGUGUGAUGCUGUGGGGCCGUGCGUGGAAGGACCUUUCUCGCUCCACGCGCAACCCCGAUGGCUCCUUCACCGAUGCUGGCUGGCGCGCCCAGUACCAGAAUGUGCGUGAAUCUAUGCGAUCCUUCUUCAACCUCCCUGCCGGCCGAUUCCCCUGGCUCUGGGCAGUGGACUAUGCUGACUGCCGGCGCCAUCAUGGGGAUCCCCUACCCCCCGCGCUCAACCCGCCUCUCCUCGACACCUUCCGCUACCUCCUCGCUCAAGACUACAUGCGCACAUUCUCUCAUCAGGAGAUCUGUCGGCUGUCCAUGGGUCCGCUCCUCCACGAGGUGCAUGAGAGCAUGAAGGCCGCCAUAGCUCUCAAUGCCGCACCUCACACUCCCACCAGCAACAGCAGCAGCAGCAGCAGCAGUGCUGGUUAUGAUGCAUCUCCGGCUUUGCCGACGAACACUGCGGUGGACUCUCAUGCUCGCCCCACCUCUCCUCCUCCAUCAGAUAAACCUGCAGCCCCCUCCACUACCCACACGCCAACUUCCACCGCCCAACCGGCCUCUGUACCUUCUACAUCGUCCGUGUCAUUCCCAUCCCCAUCCCCAUCCCCACACCCUCGCAUCUUGCUCUAUUCAGGCCAUGACGCCACUCUCAUGCCCCUCUCAGCGGCGCUGGGUCGCCCGUUCCCCUUCUGGCCGGGCUACGCAUCCUCCAUUGCCCUGGAGCUGUGGGCGUCCCAGGACAACUCAACGCACUUUGUGAGGGUGCUCAGGAACUUUGAGGAAGUCGACAUGCCCAGGCAAGUGCCCCCGGCGGGGGGGUCAUGGCUUGACAUGCCAGCUGCUGCUGCUGCUGGUGCUGCUGGUGCAGGUGGCGCUGGUGAUGGCAUUGUGUUGUGUCCGUGGGAGCAUUUCUCACGCAUCUUGGAGUGGAGUGAGAUCAGCAAGGACCACUACGAGAGGGACUGCCACGUCGCCAAACCCAGGCUCUGAGCGUGCCCUUUUUUCUGUCACAGUCCUGACCUUUCCUUGCGCAUGCAAGGAUAUAUGCAACUUUGCUGUAACCUUUAAUGAGGAAUGACCCAAUGCCUCCAAGCAUUAGCUUUUUUUAAGGUAUGAUAUGAUAUCCACUCAUCAUGGUCCUAAUGUUUAAGAAUUUAC